AUGUACGCCCGGUACAACCAGAUCCCCUACCCAACCCACAAGUCGCCCAUGGACGGCGACACCGCCCACCGGGACCUCGACUGGAUCGCCGCCGCCCGCACCGACCGCGUCUUCGCCCUCGCCCCCUCCCCACGCGGGCCCGUCCCCCGCGCCGCCAAGCUGCGCCUCCUGCAGACCGCCUUCUGGCCCGCCCUCGCGCGCUGGGUCGAGGCCCGCCAGGAGGUGCUCCCCGGCGGCACGCUCGUCGGCGGCUGGUGGCGCGCCGACAUGCUCGGCAUGCUCGACUGGUACCGCGACUGCCUCGGGCUCGUCCCCCGCUGGGACGACGCCGUCGCCGCCCACAGGGACGGCGUCUGGCGCGACGCCCUGCUCUCCAGCCCCUGGUUCCACUGGCCCGAGUUCUUCCACCUGCUCAAGGAGCCGGUAAGGGACGCGGAGGGCAGGCUGGUGACGGAGGAGGCGACGGGGGGCGUGUUGUAUAGGGAUAGGGACCCGAGGGGGGAGGGCAUGGAGGACGCGUUCAUGGAUGUGUGGGAGGCGGUGGCGAAUAAGAGGCCGCUGAAGAAGACGGCGAGGGGAGAGUUUAUACUGCCGCACAUGCUGCCGCCGAGAGGCGAGUGGAAGCGAAUCCAGCAGCAGCGUCGCAAGUUGAUGGCCCAGGAGGCCGCAGAGAUUGGUCCUUGCGCUUCUUGUUGA